GAGUAGAAAAUCCUUUCAGAAAUUCCAAGCGUAAAGAAAGGAUUAGAAUCUCUGCACCUCUAAAGUUGUUACUAGCUCCCAUAUUUAUUUGUGACGCAUACAAACUGGCAAAAAAAACAUAUCAUACUGCAACUCAAAACCAUGACAUUUCUUUAUAUGCUCCUCCUGCUGUCCGCAUUCCCAUUGAUCAAAACGACAUCUAUAUCUUCAAGAAAACAAGCAGAAUCGCUCGUCAAAUGGAAGGACGGCCUUUUUAAUUCAUCAUCAUCAUCAUUAUCGCCACCUUCGCUUCUCAAUUCAUGGUCCCUCACCAACCUCAACAGCCUCUGCAACUGGACUGCCAUUUCCUGCUCCAAAACCAGAAUAAUCUCCAAAAUAGACCUCUCCAAUAUGCACAUUAUCGGAUCACUGUCCCUUUUCGACUUUCCCUUAUUUCCAAAUCUCACCCACUUCAAUCUAAAUGGCAACAGUUUCGGAGGGCGUAUACCGUAUGCCAUUGGAAAUCUCUCCAGGCUCAUAUCUUUGGACUUGGGCAACAACUUUUUUGAUCAACAAAUUCCCUCUGAGAUUGACCAGGUAACAGAGCUUCAGUAUCUAAAUCUCCGCGACAACAGUCUCUCUGGUACCAUCCCUCAUCAACUGAGCAAUCUCCAAAAGGUAUGGUACAUGGACCUUGGAUUAAACUAUUUUAACUAUACUGAUCAAGAUUGGUCAGAAUUUGCAGGCAUGCCUUCAUUGACCUACCUUGAUAUGUCUACGCAACGUGAUAAUCUAUAUCAUUCUGAAUUCCCAGAAUUUAUAUCUCAAUGUCGGAACUUGACGUUCCUCGACUUGUCUCAAAAUAAUUUGAAUGGCCAAAUUCCACCUUCGAUAGGCCAACUCAGGGAGCUCCAGUACCUUGAUCUUUCAUACAACUCCUUAAACUCUUCUAUCCCUUCUGAGCUUGGUCUUUGUACAAACCUCACCCACUUGUCUCUGGCUUCCAAUCAACUCAACGGGGAACUGCCUCUGUCCUUGUCCAAUCUGAACAACCUCGUCGAAUUGGGUUUGGAUAAUAACCGAUUCUAUGGCAGGAUUCCACCUUCGAUAGGCCAACUCAGGGAGCUCCAGUACCUUGGUCUUUCAAACAACUUCUUAGACUCUUCUAUCCCUUCUGAGCUUGGUCUUUGUACAAACCUCACCCACUUGUCCCUGGCUUCCAAUAAACUCAACGGGGAACUGCCUCUGUCCUUGUCCGAUCUGAACAACCUCGUUGAAUUGGGUUUAGAUAAUAAUCUAUUUACUGGUCAAAUCCUUCCUUCUCUGGUCUCCAAUUGGACUAAAAUGGUUUCUUUGCAACUUCAGUCCAAUGAACUCAGUGGGGAGAUUCCGACGGAAGUUGGAAAUAUGAGCUUUCUGUUUACCCUCAAUCUAAGAAGGAACCACUUGACAGGAGUGAUCCCUCAUACUCUAGGCAACUUAGCUGAGCUUGAGCUGCUCGAUUUGUCUCACAACGACUUGAAAGGAGUAAUCCCACGGUUUCUAGGAUUAAGAUUAGAGGUUCUCAAUAUCUCACACAACCAUCUUUCAGGGCAAAUCCCAUCAUUUGUAACCAUGUUAUUUCUUCGUGCCUUUGAUUUUUCUUAUAACAACUUGACUGGCCCAAUCCCAGGCGUUUUCCAAUCGGCACCAGAAAAUGCUUUUGUUGGAAACUCUGGCUUGUGUGGGUAUGUACAGUGUGUAGACAGUAGAUCCACUUGGCCCAACAGAAAUUCCGAAAAGAGUAACAAAAGAGUUCUACUUGGUAUCCUUGUGCCUGUUUGUGGUUUAUUAAUGGUUACAACUGUCAUUGGUCUUAUGUUCCGUAAAAAAUCCAGUCUCGUUUUGAACAAAGUCAACACUUCUGAAAACUUUGAGAGUUUGGAGUCAAUGAUAUUGCAAGAGGAAGUAAAGUUUACGUUUGCAGAAGUUGUGAAGGCUGUAGAUGACUUUCAUGACAAGUACUGCAUUGGGACAGGAGGGUUUGGAAGGGUUUACAAGGCAGAGUUGCAAUCAGGCCAAGUUGUUGCAGUUAAAAGGCUUAACAUGUCAGACUCUAAUGAUAUUCCAGCAAUCAAUCUCCAUAGCUUUCAGAAUGAAAUCCGAACUUUGACAAGCAUCCGGCACCGAAACAUCAUAAGGCUCUAUGGCUUCUGUUCAAGAAAGGGGGGUUGCAUAUUCCUGCUUUAUGAAUACUUAGAGAGAGGAAGCCUAGGAAAAGCUUUGUACGGAGUUGAAGGUGUUAAUGAACUUGUCUGGGCUACUAGAGUCAAAAUUGUGCAAGGACUUGCUCAUGCACUUUCUUACUUGCACCAUGAUUGCUCUCCACCUAUUGUGCACCGUGACAUAACCGUCAACAAUGUAUUGCUUGAGUCUGAUUUUGAGGUUCGUCUCUCAGAUUUCGGAAUAGCCAGGUUAUUGAGUACUGAUUCAUCCAACUGGACAGAUAUUGCUGGUUCAUUUGGCUACAUAGCACCAGAGCUUGCAUACACUAUGCGAGUCACGGAUAAAUGUGAUGUAUAUAGCUUUGGAGUGGUGGCACUCGAAGUCAUGAUGGGAAGGCACCCAGGGGAUAUGCUAGAGUCCCAGCUACAAGAAUCAUCAAAGUCAAGGAGGGACAAUGUAGAAUUGCUCCUGAAAGAUUUGUUAGACCAAAGGUUGGAGCCGCCAACCAAUGAAUCUGCAAAGGCAGUGGUGCUUGUAGUGACAAUGGCCUUGGCCUGUAUACGAACACGUCCUGCAUCAAGACCCACGAUGUUAUUUGCGGCACAAAAACUCUCAGCUCAAACCCUGCCUUGCCUUCCCGAACCAUUUGGUAUGUUGACAAUCAACAAGCUAAUGGCACUAUGAAAAAUAAAACAAAAAAAAAAAGAAGACAAGGGCGAAUAGCUCAAACUUCCCUUUUGUAUUCCUGCCACACACAAUUCCAUCUAAUUUCUCGUGUAAUACAUCUUCAGUACCGUAAUUACUCAUCUGUAUUAUUUGUCGAAUGUGGAUUAAUGUGUGAAUUUUCUUAA